AGGUCUGACUGAGACUCUCGAGCUUUGAAACAUUUCUUUUCUGUUAGGUCUGACUGAGACUCUUGAGCUUUGAAUAGGAAAGAAAAGAGGAAGAAACUUGUUUUCUUGAAAUAGAGUGCGAUUGAGUUUGAGUGAUUUGCUGCUUCUACCACUCCAUCACCAUGGGAUUUGGUCUAAGAAACCACACUUCUUUACCAACAAACAUGUCUGGAGUUGUUAUACCAGAAGAUGAUCAAAAACGAAUUGCUGAAAAAUCCAAACGUUCAAUUCAUAUCACAGUCAUGUUCAAUGGUGAUAACUCUGAUAUAGUUUGCUUCAGAAUGAAGCGCGAUUCCCCUUUGAGUAAACUCAUCGAUGCUUACGGUGAAAUUACCGGUAGAUACAACCACCACACGGUCAAUUUCUUAUAUGAUGGUAUUCGGAUCAGACCAGAGAGUACCCCUCAUCAACUUGGAAUAGAAGAUGGAGAUGAAAUUGAUGUUUUUCUGGUUCAGUAAUUUCACCGUAAGAUGAUUCAAGAACUGACUUUAGCCUUUUAGGCGUGCUUUAGAAAUGGUUCUUAAGUUGAGCAAAAAAUGUAGAAUUUUAGAUGUGUCCAGCAAAACUUGUUUUUGAUUAAUAUUUAAAGAAAUAUGAUGAUCAGACUAGCUGCUAUUUGA